CCAAGGGGACUAAAUAUUACAUGGGGCAGAGACAGCCGUUAUUGGCAAUUACCUGUUUUAGGUGUAUUCAAGGAGGGCUGCAGUGGAGAGGAAAGACGGACAUAACCCAUACAGAGAAGAAUUCACUUCCUUCUUUCUCUCUACCAUCACCUUCUCUUCCUCUUCACCCAGGCCGGCAACCCCAACGAUACACAGACUACACACGUCCCCCGAUGAUCACAAGUUCAGACCAACCUGCACCACAGUAGUCCAGCGCAAAGUUCUACAAUCGACGCACGGAUCACCGACCGCCUGAAUCCGACCUCGAGUGCUCCUUCACGGUUUCAGACCCGCGGGCACACCCAGAAUUUCCUCAGUGCAGUACGUGGUAUGACACUUUGUAGGAUGGAUGAAGAUAGUGUUGCAGAGCUGAAGCAAGUGGCAUGGUUAGAAGUAACUGGCUCUACCCCUAAAGAUGUUGUGAUUGGCAAAGAAUACAAAGUGGGUUUCAGAGUAUCCCUAAGACCAGAUGCCUUUGGAUGGGAAGGGCGUGAAGUUUACAUAAUGGCCAAGAUUGGGAAAAGAGGAACUGUCAGUUUCAAGAAGGUAAAUUUUGAGGGGAAAUCUCAAGGGAUGCCCUUGCCCUUUGACAUUCCUGAGGACAAAUUGGUCAUUACAGUCACUCCCAAAGAAACAGCAGUACCCUCUGAUGAUUGCAAGCUCUACUUUGGUAUGUAUGAAGUUUGGAGCAAGAUGUGGAAGGGAGGGUUGAAGAUCCAUCAUGCGUUCGUCGUGAUGGUUGAUGAAUAGAUCAUCAACUUUCAGGGAUCGGUUGAUUUGAGUCAUCAAAGUAAGGAGGAAAUGGAUGUUAGGCAUGCCUGUCACAAAUUGUGACAAUAAAAAGAAAGUAAAAAUUAAUAACAAUGUUAUUGUAUCUAACAAUUGUAAAAGGUUACACCAAAAUGCGUGGCGAACAUUAAAAAUUUGGGGCAGUGGA